UUGAUCAGCAAGCCCUAGACUCUGUGGUUUAACCCACAGCGCCACCUGGGUCCCUUCUGUUUUAAAAUGAGAUGAUACAUUACUCCUAACAUUCUCACUGUAAUGAUUGGUUCAUACAGUCCUGUCCUCUGGAACGUAAAAAUAAAAAAGACACCUACUUUUAGAUGUGAUAAUUUUUCUUUUUAAAAAUAUAUGUAUGGGAUGCGGGUGGCGUUGUGGGUUAAACCACAGAGCCUAGGGCUUGCCGAUUUGAAGGUCAGCAGUUCGAAUCCCCGUGACAGGGUGAGCUCCUGUUGCUCGGUCCCUGCUCCUGCCCACCUAGCAGUUCGAAAACACGUCAAAGUGCAGGUAGAUAAAUAGGAACCGCUACAGCGGGAAGGUAAAUGGUGUUUCCGUGUGCUGCUCUGGUUUCACCAGAAGCGGCUUAGUCAUGCUGGCCGCAUGACCCAGAAGCUGUACGCCGGCUCCCUCGGCCAAUAACGCGAGAUGAGCGCUGCAACCCCAGAGUCGCCUGCGACUGGACCUAAUGGUCAGGGGUCCCUUUACCUUUACCUAUGGUCUUCAUUAAUUAUGGGUACUGAGAACAAAAGUCCCUAGUUCUGAUUAUCUUCUUGUUGAGGUAAAUAUUGUGAGAUAUUAUCCCACACAAGUAUAGUAGCAGGGAAUGGGUUGUGGAAUGUAACAAAUAGUCCCUCAGUUUUGGGGGGAGGCAGGGAGGGAGGUUGUUAUGGUUGAUGUAUUCUUAUCUUAAUGUACAGUAUAAGACACCUAUUAGGAAUUCUCAUUCAGAAAGGUGACAUAUAAAUGCCAAUAUUUUCAUUAUGGGAAUUUUGUAUUUAUGUUUAUAUAAUUUAAAAAUAAUAACAACAAAUUAUAUGCAGACACAGACAUAUAUGGUAUGAUUCAACUAAAUUGUUGUGUGCGCAGAACAGUGUGGCUUUCUCCCUCUUCUGCCACUUCCCAAAUCUGCUCUGGAGGGUUGGGGAAAACUCUACAACAGGUUUACUGGGUGUGAGGCAGGGGAAAGGUCUCGUUUCUCUGGAGCCUCACAGUGGCAUGCUCUUUUCAUGAUAAACCAUGGAUUCUCAUCACAUCUGAACUGGCCUGUGAUGCCACAUAAAUCUUCACAGUCUUCCUCUUUCUUUUUCACACAUUUGUUACAACAUUACUUAUCUUUUCCUGAGCUUUAAUUUAGUACAUCUGGAAUUGGAGGAAGAGAACCUACACGUUUCACAAAUGAAAUGUAACAAUGAGGCCGAUAAAAUGGAUAUAUUUUGUUCAACUCUACUCAGAUUCAGACAGAACAGCGGUAGUGGGAGGAUUUCUACAAAGGAAAUGAGCAAUAGCAGAGGCCGAUGAAAUGCUGCAGCUACAUUGCUUUUAUUUGGGAUAGCCUGCAGAUGACUAUGACAUAGGCCUCUUAUGGAUCUUAAAAUAAGAUCGCAGUGGAACAUAAGCCUCUGGAAUGUCUAUGCUUGUGGCAUGUGACAAGAAAUCCUGUCUAGUCCAUCUGUGGGUAAUGCAGAAAGGGUGGUAUGUAAUGGCUGAAGUGCAGCAUGAAUGUGUUGCUUUUCUCUGGGAGGUGUCUGCAGAGAAAGAAUGAGACUGUUGUUCAGAGUAUUUAUUUUUGGUGGCUGUUAGAACCGUUUUUGUGGAACAACUUGGUGAUGAUAUAUGAAUAGGUAAAUAUAAUGCUUUUGUGCAUAUUAUUAGAUCAUUGAAACAGUUUGGAUUAAUGAAGAAAUUUUAAAAAGUUCUCUACACUUUUGUAUUUUAAGUGAUCUUGUACUUCAGCAAUUCUGCCAGUGGUCAGCUACCUCUACAAAGGGAAAUUGUUGCCUACGUCUACUAAUCAACAUUGUGCAAGUACUUUUAAGUAUGUCUGGAGUUUGGAAGAACAUAUACUCAGUCUUGUCAAGGCUAACAAAAAGGCUAUUUCUCACAUUACAAACAGAAGGAAUUGAAGAUACCAAAAUUGUUUGCAGAUGUAAUUGGGAUCUGAUGGAGUUUCUUUGCUGGAAGAAGGCUGGAGGCAAUUUUUGCCAAUUCCCCUUCCUCUGCCUCCUAUGCUGUUCGAAAGGAUCCCCCAACCCUCUUGACCAACUUUUCAAAGAACACAGUGGGGCUUCAGGAGGAAGGAGCAACAAUAAAAAAAAAUAUCCCUGUUCUUUUCCUCCAGCGCAAGCAGAAGGCCACAAAUCUGGACCCAACUAUUUACUCACCAAGGACCUGGGUUGGCUGCAUUUCCAUUAGAAGCAUGUGUUCAGUCCUAAACAUGAAUUUCCAGCUACAUGAUAUUGCAAAGUAAUUCUAUGAAGGCUGAUGACUGCACUGGGUGGGACCAGCUGGAUCAGUGGAGAAAGUGGAGCAUAGCUUGUUUUAAUAUCUCCGGCAAAAGAAGUAAAACAUAACCUGCCAAAAAUUUAGUUUUUCCCAUGCCCUAUAGUGUUUUCUGUCACCACAUAAAAAUUUGGAAUUGCAUAGCUGCCUGUAUACAGCCUCCGGGCUCUGUCAAGAUGUAGGCAAGUGCACGGAAGAUAUUUUGCUUUCCCUAGUAGCAGCAACUUUGGGAACCUUGUUUAUAUAAUGUCUAUUAGCAACUUAAAUACAUUUGCACGUACCUUUCUCUAUCAUUGCAUGAUGCAUGUGAUUGUUCUGGAAUAAUCUUGGCAUUGGCUGAGGUGUGACAGACAACUGAGGUGUCAAUUGUCAUGGAAUGGCUGUGGAGAUCAUCUCAUGAUAGGAUGAAGAAAGCGUUGUUCAAAUACGUCCUGAAAUUGGUAACAAGCAAAAGAGAGGCAUGUGUAGUGGAUUAGAUGUAUCUGUGUAGAAACCCUGGCCAACUCUCAGUGCCAAGCAAAUUAGUGCUAUUGUGAUAUAACCAUUACUUCAGUUUGGAGAAUUUCCUCAUGAGCGCACUCACUUUGAAGAACAAAUUAUUCCCUCUUAGACACACUGCAUUCUGCUUUUCAACUUACAUAACAUUCUUGCUUUUAUCCUAAACAACAUGGCUCAGGUUUCACAUGCCAAAAUUGUGUGUGGUGUGUUUGUGUGUAAUAUAAUUCUAAUUGUGGCUUGAGAUUUCAGAGUGCCUGUAAGUAAACGGCAUGUCACUGUGAUGAAUCUGUUUUCAGUGUCGCUCUGUUAUGCUCUGCAAACUGGUUUUGUGUUAUAUUGCUGGUUUCCUUCUCCUCCUUUUGGCUUAUCAUUUGCACUCUAUUUAAGGCUAUCAUCAUACUACAGUUGCCAGAGAAUGAAGUAACUAUUAAUGACCCUAUGACGACUGUCUGUUGAGUCUGAUUAGUACUUCUGAGUAAAGUACUGAUGUGUAAAUAGCCUGAAAGAGAAAAACAGUUUGGUUUUGUUUCCAGGGUUUUAAUUGGGAAAUGCAUAAUUACUGGAAGAUGGGAGAGUAGAUACCAGCUCCCCAAAGCACCAUAUGAGUGAUAUCCCCAUUGACUUAACAUGAAUUUCUCUAAGAUCAGUGCUUUAAAGAUUGAACAUUGUUGUACUCACACUUCUGAGUUGGAUAUUUAGAGCAGAGGAACUAGUGGUGCCCACCAGACUAUGCAGCUCUCAUCAUCCCUAAUUACUGGCCAUGCUGGAUGUGGUUGAUAGCAGGAGGAGUGUAAUAACACCUGGAGAGCAGCACAUUGGCUCAUCUGAUGACAAGUAUUGCCGCAUAUAUUUUUAUUUAUUACAAUUAGUUUUGUGUUUGCUGUUUCAUUACCUUUUUCAUCAAACUCAAUCAGUAUAAAAAGAUUCGGUAUAAAGGAGGAUGCUGUCAUAAAUAGAUUCUAUUUUAUUACUUUUGGGGGUGGAUUGCUUUUUGGGGUAGCUUCUCAAUUUUCUCCCCCAUACUGCAGCUCCUUAACACUUCAUCAAAAUCUGUUUGCCCCAAGUUUGGGGAUCAGAUUUUUAGGUGGCAUGGGGGAAGAGGAGCUUGGAGACAUGGGUGUGUCUACAGAGGUCCCCCUAUGGUCAUGAUGGCUACCGGUAUAUACUACAUUCAUGUCUAGAAGCUAUAUGUCUCUGUAUACCAGUUGUUAGGAAUCACAAGUAAGGAGAGUGUUGUUCUCAUGCCUUGCUUGUGGGCUUCCCAUAGGUAUCAUUGGCCACCUUGAAAACAGGAUGUUGGACUCAAAACACACACACACACACACACACACACACACACAGAGAGAGAGAGAGAGAGAGAGAGAGAGAGAGAGAUUAAGGUGCCAAAUUUCUUUCAAAGUGUGGCUGUCUUUCAUUCCUUUAAAUGCAAUCCCUAUAUUUCUUCAACUGACAGAACUUCAUGCAUUUUGUUUUAGUAUACUGUAAAUGCUUUUGAGGUUCUGUGUCCUUGUCCAAAACCUACAUAGUUUUGCCUUGAACUAGACAUACUUAAUUCCAAAAUCUUUAAUAGGCAAAAGAAUAAUACAGAAGAGUCACAGGUAGGUAGCCGUGUUGGUCUGAGUCGAAGCAAAAUAAAAAAAUUCCUUCAGUAGCACCUUAAAGACCAACUAAGUUUAUAUUUUGGUAUGAGCUUUCGUGUGCAUGCACACUUCUUCAGAUACAGAAGAGUCAGACUGACAUGAACACUUGUGGUUUGUUGUGGUGCUAGACCUCAAGCUUACAGGGAAACUUUUUCUUCUGAAUGAGAGUUCCCUUUAAUCCUAGGCAUGUUGGUAUAUCGUGUCUUACAGUGAAUAGUCUGUGGUGAAGGAAAAUAACUCUGUUGUGGCUCAGAAGCACUGUGACCUAAUAUGUUUGAAACUGAUCCUUGGUGAACAAUUUCUUCAAAUUAAGUUCUGUUAGCUGUAACCAGUGCUAAUGAGGUGCUGGUAGUCAUAUAUUGAUAAAAGUGCAUAAAAUGACAUCCGUGGGCAGCAAAAAAAAGAGGUGCCAGUACAGUACUCUGUACCGGUGAGCACACACACACACACACACACAAACACACACACCAUGGCUGUAACUGUGGCAGUGACGUGGUUGCUAUAUUUGGUAAACUUGUCCAAUGCACAGAAAAGGCAUACCACAUAUAUACUGUUAUGUGCCACUUAUCAGUAUGUGCUUAUAUGAGAACAGCCUUUACCAAAGGUGUCAUAGGCUUUGAAAACACUCGAACUCAGGAUGCAAGGGAGAAACGUGCUAAGAGGAAGGCACGCUUGGCAAAUCCACACCGUUAUCAACUCCCGCCCAGAAACCAAUGUUCCCCCUGUGGGACGUGUGGACCCAGAAUUGGCCUCCACACCACAGUCACUUACGGACCCAUUGUUAAAAUCGUGCUUAUGGAAGACAAUCUUACCCGGCUACGAGUGAUCGCCAAUGAAGAAGAAACUUACAUGAAUCUUAGUUAGUUUCCCUUAAUUCUUUAUUAUUGGUAGCAAUGGAGUGCUUGUUUCAUGUAAAUUUGAGACACAGACCUGGAUUCAAAGCACUGCUCAAGAUGUUUCUGAGUCCCAACCAUCUAUCUGUGGUUCUGUGCUGCCUAACAAGCUUUUGGAUCUCAGCCAUAGUAGCUGUAAUAUAAUUCACAUAGGUUUUGAAUAACCAAAGGGCAAACACUGCAGCAAUUUUUUUUUUUAAAAAAAUUGUGUGUUUGCUGAGGGACAGCAAAUGAAUCUGAAGGGAAACUUACAACACAGACUAGCAUUUUUAUUUUUUUAAAAAUGCCCCCCACAUUUUUUUGUUUGAGUUGGCCAGUGGGUGAAUUGGUCAAUAGUUAUAGCUUAUUCUACCUCUUUUGUACUUCUGAUUUUUAAAGAGAUAAAAAAACUUGUACAUUGUACACCUACGUUUAUGACCUGCUCUAUGCAUAAUUGCUUUUAGAGAUUAGAGAGAGACAGCACUAACACUGUCUAUCAGGUUUAUUUUUACCAGGUUUUCAAGGCAAAGCAUAUUGUAAACCCCUCCUCUGGCAACAUUUACAGCACUAGCCAGUAUGCUAGUGUGUCGAUAAACUGUUCUUUAAAAUAAGUGAUGAUACAUCUAAACCUGUCACUUGGUUAAUUUUGCAAUGGGCUCUUCACAUGGCCAUUCCUAAUAGGCCUCCAUAAUAUUUUAACUGCUUGUCAUUUAGAGGACUUUUUGUAAUUGUUCUAAUGAAUGAAUCAACCCAACACAGAACAAUAAUUCUCUGUAUUUAGAAACCCACAGGUUGGCACAUAUAGAGUAAAAGUGAUUUAAAACAAAACAAAACAAAACCCUGCCCCCCCACCACCGCACUUGUUUCUCAGACAUUUGAAUUAAGGGUGAAGCCUGCAAGAAUGUUGCUGUUUAGUAGGAAUUGUACAUAUAGGUGCUCAACAGUGUGUGUGUGUGUGUGUGUGUGUGUGUGUGUGUGUGUGUGUGUGUGUGUGUUUGUACACGUGCAUACACACACAGAGAGAGUAUUUUAGCAUGCAACUACCGGUAAUUAAAAUUAAUAAAUCCUGGCACGUGUUACAAACUGCUACACAAAAUUAAUUUAUAUAUCCAUAAAAUAGCAUGAACAUGUGCUGCUCUGUGUAAGCUGUGUAAAGUAGUGGUUCAGAGUAUAAUUUGGUAAAUUCCCAGUUCAGAUAUUUUGUUUGCCACAUGGCAACUCUUAUAUUCUUAUGUUUUCUUCUUGUUAAAGAGGAAUGUUUUGCUACAGCAUAGAACACCUUACAUUUUCAUGGACUGGAGUUUCAAACAAGAAAAUAUAGAGAUAUUUGCUUUCAUCAACCUCAUUCCUGAAACUAUUUAUCAGUAAAUAGAGAGUAAAGCAUUACACCAAAGUGGUGAAAGUUCAGUUUUCACUACUAAAUAAGUAUUAGCGGCUGCCUCCACCCAGUUCGAGAUUAUUGUAGUAAAUCUGCAGACCGUUAAAACUAUAGGUCUUAGUUGUGAAGGAGUAUAGCCAUCCAACUGGUAGUUCAGUAGAGUUAGACUUUGUCCCUUUUCCCACCCAUUUACCCCAUAGCCUUGACGACAGCAUAGGUGAGAAUUGUCUGCACAGUCAUUGCAAUCUUGUGAAAUCUGUACAGCAGUGUCUCCUUCUCCAUCAGAGUUGCUAGACUAUAGAGCAGCUAUAGAAAUCCUAGUCAUGGGAAUAUUGAUAAAAGCUCAUGCUUGCCUCAAGAAUAAAGCUGCAACAAAGGAUGUCCACUGGCUGAGUUUCAUGUUGCUCUUGAGGCAUUUUUUGUCGGUAUCUUUAAUGUGACAUUUUGUUGAGGCCAUCUAUUAAAUUCGUAUAGUGGUUGCAGUUCAUGAACUGCUUAUUCUUGAGUAAUCAUACUGAUUUCAGGGAGAUAACUGCUCCAUAGUAAAUGUUUAGAUAUCUGCAGGUAUUGAUUGCUAAAUAACCAACUGGCCAUUUCAUUUGUUUGGUAUUGAUCUGGAAUGUUUAAACUAAUGAACUGGCUCUUUCUAUGCCAUUUGAACAUCUUAAUAACCAUGUUCUUUACAAUAAUAUUUUCAAAUUACUAUGAUUUAUAUGAAUGCAAUAUUUUAAGUAUUUGUAUCUAUGUAUUAUUGCAUUCUUUCAUAAGAAUAUCAGAAGAGCUUUCUGUAUCAGACCAAAGGCCUUUCUAGUCCAGAAGUCUAUGGGAAGUCUGCACGAUUUUUUGCACCCCUUAUUGCCCGCUUGCAUUUCUUUUGCCAAUAUUUAUGUUCCUUUUGUUCUCCUCAUUUGGACAAGGCUUCCAUUUUCUGCAGGAAGCCUUCUUUCUUCUAAUAGCUUCUUUGACCUUGGUUGCUGUCGUCCACUUCAUUUAACUGCUCACCUAUUUUUGCUAUGUAGAUGGGAAUCCUGCUGCGCAUUUAUGACUUGUGCCUUUUUGAAAACAAACCAGGAAAGGGGCUUUUUACACACUGUUGGAAACAGACCAAGUUUGCCCUUUGUUUGCACUCAGCAAUGAACUACAGUAGUGCAGUAGAACAUAUAUGCAUAAUAAAAGUACAGGGAGCUGUGUUGGUCCAUAAUAAAAGGAAUCUCUAAAAAUUACAAUUGUUAUAUCUUGCCUGAUGAACAGUUCUGGAGAACUCAGAAGCUUACCCCACUUCUGAGGCAUAUUGGUUGGUCCUAAUAUAUUGCCCUUUGGAAUAUAUACCCAAUGUUAGUUUUGUGGAUCACAUGUGUGCAGAUAUCUGUAGUAAUGGCAGAAUAAAAUAUUGUCUCCAUUUAUUAUGGGUUGGAGCUAAAACCCCACCCUUUAGCUUGUCCUUGUAGUUACUUUCAUUUUUCUAUGCAGUUAUAUGUUAACCUGUUGUGCAACAAGCAGCCUCUUCUUGUUCUGGGCCUACAAAUGAGAAGCCCUAUCUUAUGUAUUAAAUAAGAACUUAAUAGAAAAAUGGCAGCAGUAUGUGGGAAGACCAGACCACUAUUUCCUUGCUAAUUAAAUCACCGAGGGUGACAAACAAAAAGCAUUAUUUCUCAAUGUUUGUGGCAGUAAAACUUACUCCCUUUUAAAGAAGUUUGUGGCAACAACAAAUUAAAUAAGAAUGUAACAAUCUUGAGUGCCCACACUCCAUUUCUCUAUGCUGAUAUAUGCAGCUGAUGGAAGCAAUGGAGUCCAGCUCUUGGCCAUAUUGUCCCCAAAGCUGGCUUCCCACUCUCAUCAUGGGUAUGUGUGUUUCAGGGGAAAUAUUUUCCAUGGAUAUUUCUCAUACUUGCACUUUUGUAUUACAGAACUAUAUAUAUCCAGGUGUGUUUUUAUAUGCAAUAUUCUGUACUGUGAAAGGCGGGGUCACCAACAUGGCACCCAUGGGUGUAGUGGCAUCCCUGAGAUCUUCUCCUGGUGACCAUGAAGCUCAUGAGCCCUCCUCACUGCCCUCUUCAUUAUGAGGUAGAAAGGGUAGUUACCCUUUUCUCUAUUAAAAAUACAUGGGGCUGAAGGAAGAAGUUGGAAGAAGGACGCUCUUUUCCACUCUUUUGAUUCUUUGUACUUUUAAUGCUCAAAUUAAUUCUACUGGAGCCAACUUUUAUCCAACUCCCAUGGAUAAUUGAAGUGGGUGUAUGUGUUCACUUUCACUCUUCCUUUCUGGAAAGUGAUUCAGGGGUUGGAAGAGGGAAGUGACCAGAAUCAUAGAAUCAUAGAGUUGGAAGAGACCACAAGGGCCAUCCAGUCCAACCCCCUGCCAAGCAGAAAACACCAUCAAAGCAUUCUUGACAUAUAUAUGCCUGUCAAGCCUCUGCUUAAAGACCUCCAAAGAAGGAGACUCCACCACACUCCUUGGUAGCAAAUUCCACUGUCAAAUAGCUCUUACUGUCAGGAAGUUCUUCCUAAUGUUUAGGUGGGAUCUUCUUUCUUGUAGUUUGAAUCCAUUGCUCCGUGUCCGCUUCUCUGGAGCAGCAGAAAACAACCUUUCUCCCUCCUCUAUAUGACAUCCUUUUAUAUAUUUGAACAUGGCUACCAUAUCACCCCUUAACCUUCUCUUCUCCAGGCUAAACAUACCCAGCUUCCUAAGCCGUUCCUCAUAAGGUAUCGUUUCUAGGCCUUUGACCAUUUUGGUUGCCCUCUUCUGGACACGUUCCAGCUUGUCAGUAUCCUUCUUGAACAGUGGUGCCCAGAACUGGACACACCUGUGACAUUUGUUUAACCAUCCAAAUGUGCCCUUGGACUCGACUCUUCCACUUUGGCCAUUUACCUCUGAUAUCUUGAUUAUAAUAUUGUUUGCUUUUGGUCAUAAGUAUCUAGUGUUUAGCUUUUACAUUGUUUGAGGGUGUGUUUGCGUUAGAUUAUCAGAUAACAGGCUCUUUUAUAGUUUCAGCUCUUUCUCUACCACUAAGUAAUAAAAUGCUCAAUAUAAAUUUGCAACCUUUGUUAUCCAGUUGCUAUUGUUUAUAGCUUCAUGCACUUUGUGUAGAUUAUAAAACAUACCAUUGCAAGUGUGGCAUUCUCUUAAAAAGAAGUGCAGAAACAAGGGAGAAACCUGCCUGACAAACAAAAGUUGGAGGAAGAUCUAAGGAUAGAAGUAAAGUCUCUUUUUGUGCUUUUUAAAUAUUUGUCUGGUCUUCUAAAGAGAUUUGCCUUUGCUGUUUGCUUUGGAUUUAAUUUGUGGGCUUAAGUGCAAAAGAGAAAAUGAUACAGUAAGAAUGGGAGCCAUGGGAGAGAGGCAAAAGAGCAGCACUCUUAGAGUUCACUUUAAAAAUGAUAUUUUUUUAUAAAGAGGAAGUGAUGCUUCAUGAUAUAUAGUAGCUGCAGAACACUGUAAGUUAUAAAAGCUGUGAUGUAAACGGGAAUAUGGGAAUGUUAUCAGCAGAUGGACAGAUAGUAAUGAGAGCUGAUGACCAAUGCCCAGAGGUGACUGAGAUGGAGAAGUGAUGUGUAGCAAGGGUUGGGAUGUUUUUCAUAAAAUCAUAGAAUCUUAGAGUUGGAAGGGAUCCCAAGGGUCAUCUAGUCCAACCCCCUGCAAUGCAGGGAUCUCAGCUAAAGCAUCCAUGACAGAUGGCCACCCAACCUCGGUUUAAAGACCUCCAAGGAAGGAGAGUCCACCACCUCUCGUGGGAGUCUGUUCCACUGCUGAAUAGCUCUUGCUGUUAGAAUGUUUUUCCGAAUGUUUAGUUGUAAUCUCCUUUCUUGCAACUUGAAUCCAUUGGUUCAGUUCCUACCCUCCAGAGCAGGAGAAAACAAGCCUGCUCCGUCCUCCAUGUGACAGCCCUUAAGAUAUUUGAAGAUGGCUAUCAUAUCUCCUCUCAUUCUCCUCUUUUCCAGGCUAAACAUACCCAGCUCCUUCAAGCACUCCUCAUAAGGCUUAGUUUAUAGACCCUUGAUCAUCUUGGUUGUCAACAUCCUUCUUAAAUCGUGGUUCCCAGAAUUGGACACAGUAUUCCAAGUGUGGACUGACCAAGGCAGAAUAGAGUGGUACUAUUACUUCCCUUGAUCUGGACACUAUACAUCUGUUGAUGCAGCCUAGAGUAGCAUUAGCUUUUUUUGCUGCUGCUUCACACUGUAGACUCAUGUUAAGCUUGUGGUCCGCUAACACCCCUAGAUCCUUUUCACAUGUACUGCCAAUAAGCCAAGUGUCUCCCAUCCUAUAUUUCUGGAGGAGGAAAGGAGGAGGAGGAGUGUAAUACUACUACUACUACUACUACUAAUAAUAAUAAUAAUAAUAAUAAUUUAUGUGUACAUGGAACACAUGGGACAAGAGUAAUAUGCAAAAUAUGUCUCCCAUAUUCUGAUGCAUUUAACUGAAUUAGGGGGUAUUUGGAUGUGGUAGUAACCAAUUUUCCCCAUUUCCUUUUUUAGGGACAUGUGGAGUGCCACUUACUCACAUACCUACAAAAUCUAAGAAAACCCCACACCUUAGCCUUAUAUGGGAGUAUAUUUUAAAGAUGCUAUUCUGGUGCAUCUAAAUCUAUUAGAAAUUUCCCAUUGAUUGAGGGAUUAGAUCAGGGGUCAGCAAACUUUUUCAGCAGGGGGCCGGUCCACUGCCCCUCAGACCUUGUGGGGGGCUGGACUAUAUUUUGAAAAAAUAAUAAUGAAUGAAUUCCUAUGCCCCCAAAUAACCCAGAGAUGCAUUUUAAAUAAAAGGACACAAUCUACUCAUGUAAAAACACCAGCCAGGCCCCACAAAUAACCCAGAGAUGCAUUUUAAAUAAAAUAACACAUUCUACUCAUGUAAAAACAUGCUGAUUCCUGGACCAUCUGCGGGCCGGAUAUAGAAGCUGAUUGGGCCGCAUCCGGCCCCCGGGCCUUAGUUUGUGAACCCCUGGAUUAGAUCCAUAUGCUUUGGUGUUAUGAUAUUCCUUAUCACAGCUAAGCAUUAAGAUACAGCUCUAUUCAAAUAGCAGGGGGUUGGCCUUCAGUUUUGUUGAGUUCAGUGCCUUUACAUCACUUUAAGGCUAGGUGGUGUUUGACAGUCAAUUGGGGGGUGAAGCCCUUUUUUUUGAAAUAUGUUCUGUAUCUUUAAUCUCUAGAUAAAUAAAAUUGUACUGCUGAGGUUGCAUGCUUGAAUUACAGAAGUGUUACACCAUGCAGCAAAUAUAAAGAACUGCCUAGAAACUGGAUGCUUUCUAUACAUUCAACUGAAGCUAGAAAAUAGUCAAUUAUUUGGCAAUAUAUCAUAAAAGAGAUGCUCAUGUCUGUCAGUACUCUAACUCAUCAGCACGAAAGGCUUUUUUAAUUUUAAAAAACACCCUCUUUUUUAUUGGAACUCUGAAACAAAACAAAGACGAAAAAAGCAAAAAUGACAUCAAUUAGAUGUCAACGUGACAUCAAAAGGCAUAAUAUAUCAUAAAAAUAAAGUAUGAUCUAGUGAUUCAAUGCUUCACUGCCAUAUUGUAUGUGCAGAGAAAUAAAGGCGAGGCAAACAGCUACACGUUUUCACCAAGACACAUAUAGUAAAAGCAGUUUGAGAACGUAGAGGCAGAGAGAACAAGAUUAGAAAAUGUAUUAUAAGAGACAGAGACUGGUGUUGUGGGUGUAUAGUGACACUGAGCAGAUUUCACGAUGGGAAUGGUACAUUUGGAGGAAGUUGCUGUUUUGCUCACUAUUAUUUUACAUGCUGCUGUUUCAAUAAGUGCUUAUGUCCAGAUGAGUUGGACUUGCCAUGUUAUGAUCUGAAAUCCCAUGCCUCAUCAGAAGAGUAAGUAGCAAGGCACCAAACACCUGUGGUUCUUUUGCUAGUCGUCACAGAAUAUGAUGCAUUUGUUUCAAGUAUCUAUAUUCUUGGUACUCUUUUAAAUUUGUGGUGCUUUGAUAGGCUGGUUCUAUUACUGUAAUGCAUGGCAAAAAUUAGGGAUGCUAAGAAACUUUGUUCGGCCUGCAUUUUCAAGCAAAUCGACCUGAUUUGAACUAAUACAUGGAUCAGAAUGCAGUUAUCCUUUGGUUUUCACACUACCCUGAAUUUUGUGAUGCAGCUUUCAACUAAAAAAAGUACCAAAAUGUAUAUUAAAUAUAUACAGUAAUUCAUGUUUGUGCCUUCAUUUGCAUAUAUAUUUUUGAAAAAUAUAUGCAGAAAUAACAUAAAGGUUCAAGUAUGGUUUUAAAAAUUACACACAAAGCUUUCAGAUUUAUAUACAAAUGGGACAAAACAGAUAUAAUAAUAAUAAUAAUAAUAAUAAUAAUAAUAAUAAUAAUAAUAAUAAUUUGUACCCUGCCCAUCUGGCUGGGUUUGCCCAGCCACUCUGGGCGGCUUCCAACAAAAAAUUAUAAUACAUUAAAAUGUCACACAUUAAAAACUUCCCUGAACAGGGCUGUCUUCAGAUGUCUUCUAAAUGUCAGGUAGUUAUUUAUCUCUUUGACAUCUGAUGGGAGGGUGUUCUACAGGGCGGGUGCCACUACUGAAAAGGCCCUCUGCCUGGUUCCCUGUAGCGUUGCUUCUCGCAGCGAGGGAACCGCCAGAAGGCCCUCAGAGCUGGACCUCGGUGUCCGGGCAGAAUGAUGGGGGUGGAGACGCUCCUUCAGGUAUAUUGGGCUGAGGCAAAAGUGAUGCAAGCCACCCCUAAUUUAAAAUGCAAUGCAUUUUUGUAUGCUCAUAAGUUAGCAAGAGGAGCAUGUGGUAAAUAGAAGGGUGCCCUCUCUCUAUAAAGAUCUGUAUCAAUUGUUUAUAGCUAUAACUCACUCAGUAACGGUAGUUGUCUUGCUACAUUUUUGUUAGGGAAAGUACAUGUGAUAUGAAGCUAUCCCUGCAACAAUCCCAUGCUGGUCCUUUUAAAAAUGGUUCACCUUGCUAAAUAAUGGAAACAAGGAGUGGCAAAGUAGAAACACGGAGAGUAAAAGUAUUAGGAAAAGUUUAUUUUUACAUUUCCACACUCAAAGCCACUUCAUUUUGAAGAUAAAACAUAAGCCAUAUACUUUAAAAGAAAUAUCGCUGCUAGGACUUAAAAGCUGCUAGAAAUAAAUUGACACAUGUCUGCAGCUAAUUACAAAAAAACAAACACUGACUCUUUCCAAGCCUGUUUAUAUAAAUUGCAAAAUACCCAACAAAGCCUCUUUGUGUAAGUCCAUUAAAAACAGUGAGAAUCCAUUUAGUCUCUAAAAUAAUAAUCUGAGAAUUCCAUUCAUUAUUAUACUUUAUGAUGGAAGGAUGAGUGGGAGUUCAUGUGGAUGGGAGCAGAAAAAUAGCCCAGAAGGAUAUUGAGCACCCUUUUCAGAUGGUGUUCUUUUUCAGUGGUGUGAUAAGCAUGAAUCACCUAGUUGAAAUUUCUCCUGUAAGACUUGGAUGUGUUUUACAGUUGGCAUCUGGAUAGCCGUAUAGGGGGGGGGGGUGCAAUGUGGAGAAUAUCUCAUAUGUUGCUUUGCAUUGCUUAACUCCCCACUUUGUUUUUGCAUAAGGCAUUGAGAAUUUGUAGUUCUGGCAGUAUCUGUAUAGAGAAAUCAACUGCUUGUAUACUAUCUCUCUUUUUUUCUAGACUCCCACUCUUUGAUUUAUUGGUAUACUAGAAUACUAGAAUUCUGUUGUAGAUUUUUUGUUGGUCUGAUGAUAACCAUCCAGGGGGCACCUGGACACUUUCUGCAAUCUUUAUUCAACCUUUUAGUGUUCCUUAGAAUAAUGUUACCAGAUUUUUUUUUUCAAUGAAUCGGGGGACACAAUAAAUAAAUAAAUAAAUAAAUAAAUAAAUAAAUACUACACUACACGUUCGGGACGUUGAUGCUGCAGCGAUGGUGGUGGCCACAUUGACCUCAACCACCACGUUCCCCCUUCCUUUGAGACUUCUAUCUCCUUUCUCCAUGAGCCUGGGCAGCCACUGAGUUAUUGGUUCUUCGGUGGUGGUGGUGGUGGUGAAGCGGUGUGCGGUGGGUCAGGCAUGGAAGGCGGAGAAGGAGGGCAGAGCGUGGCCCCAAUCCCAUUCCUAUUUGCGGGCAAGCAGGAGGGGGUGGGGUUCACACUUCAUUUCGGAGCAGCCCCAUCCCAACUCCUACUUGUGUGCAAGCAGGAGGGGGCAGAGAUCUCUCAGGCAGCACAAUGCCUCCCUUCCCAUAGGAGCAGCCCCAAUCCCAUUCCUCCAGGAGGGGGCAGGGAUCCUUCAGCUGGGAAGGGAGGCAUCCUGUUGCCUAACUGAGAGAUCCUUGCCCCCUCCUGCUUGCAUGCAAGCUCUGAUAGGCAGCG